GUCAGUGACUUGUAGUGAGGAAAAACAGAUGUCUUCUCAAGGUUACCAAACUGUAGUCAAAGGCGAAGCAUCUGAGACGGAUGAUGAGGAAGAGAUUUAUGUGACGUCCAUCCCGUCUGGGUCAUUUUCUAGUGCUUGUGGUGUGAAAGUGCAGGGAGAAGCUUCCGAGAGCGAUGAUGAAGUGGAUGGUGGUGAGGUACAGAAGAUUGCGUCCAGCGUGUUGGAAAAGAACCUGACUCCAUUGGUAGUCAUCAGGAAUGAAGGAGAGCAUUCUCCGGUUGGAAUAGAAGAGAAACCCCUUGUCAACAUACAGCACCAUGGUCGUUAUAGCACAUUACUGCAGCAAAAACUUCUAGAGAGUAAUUCUCGUCUGUACCAUGAUGUUAACAACAGCAUCAGACAUGUCUAUCAAACAACCACUAACGAGAUUCGGACGUUGACUAGUCAGUUAAGCAACUCCCAGAAUGGCAUCAUAAACACUUCCCAUAGCAUCAGACUGGCCCUUGAGGAUUUAAAAGGAGUCUCUGAAAAGAUUGACAUAAUCACCAGCUGCAAUUUGCUCCCCGAUAUCCGUAUUUAAGUUCCAAGUUUGGCAAAGGCACCACAUGUUGGAGAAUAAACAUUGUUCUUAGUUUAAAAAAAAAAUACUGUGUAUUAUGUGUUAGGUGUCUUGGCCGUAUUCAUUAAUAAAGCCAUUCUGUGGUUGUUCUCUCCUUUA